CAGACAUACACGGUCCCUCUCGUAUGACAUGUCUCUCUCCCUCUCCCAUGGCAAUGAAGCCAAACAGCCAGACAGACAGCCACGUUUGCUGGUUUGCAAGGAAAUCUUCUGCCUCUCUCUCAGCUUUGCUAUUGCGCCGUGCGCAGCCUCUGAGGCCCAAAGAAUGAACGGACACGGAGGAAGUCAAAGACUUCGUUAACAAGCACAGCUAGUGCCGGACGGAGAGAGAGACGUACAUAUCCAGCGAUUCACUCACUGCCCUCACUGCCAAUGCGCCAUCAUGUCGGACCAGCAGCAGAUUGAUUGAUUGAUUGACUGCUGCCGCACCGUCCCGUUGAUGUGCAGAGUGACUGAUCAUGAGACCCACACCAACAUGCCCAUCGAUUGAGCAUCCAUCCAUCCAUCCAUCUAUUCAUCCAUGAAUGUCUUUUUGGACGGACCGAUCGGUCUGUCUGUCUGUCUGUCAGUCGCGAUACAAUACAUGUCACCACAUGGACACACACAAGCACGGCGGAUCAUCGGAUGGAUGGAUGGGUGGAUGGAGCCACGCACGGCAGGUGAGGCGAAGUAAGACACUCUUUCACAGACACACACGGCGAAAACCACUGGUCACUUGUUGUCUGUCGCGCAUACACACAGUCAGUCAGACAGCCGGCCAUGGGCCCGCUUUCUGACCCUUGCCGCCUUGCCUCAUUCACGCCACCCAAACCAGCAGAGAGUACUUAUAGAGGCCUCGGGAGGGUCAGAGAGCCAAAAACGACUAAUGACACGAUUGACUCACACGCACGACACACACACACACACUCAACCAGGAGGACGGCCACGCAUCCACGCAGGCUAUCGCCCAUCUCGUUAUUUAUCUCGCCGCCGCCACAACCAGCUCAUGAAGCCCUUGGGCUUCCUCGACCCGACCCCGACAGCAGCGUGCGGUGCUGCCGCUUUAAACCAACCACCCCUGGCGGUCUCGAUGUGCCAUAUCUCCAUCUCCUUCGCGGUGAAAUACGGUUCGCCCGCCAGUGUGCCUUCGUUGCUGGAGUUCAAUUGGCCGAGGUAGCCGUUGUCGGGCAAGUCCUCCUCCUUGACAAACUGAUUCAUGCUGCGCACGUCAUCCGAGGGGCCGGGGGUGGCCCACCCAAACCACAGGUACCCCCAGCCCAAAGACAACUGCACACAGUCACAGUCCUGUCAUUGUGCUCGUGCUGCUUUGUUCUUCCCACCUUGCCACGUGAGUCCUGAUCGUUAGCUAUCUGAAACGCGUCGCGGCCGGCAACAUGCACCGUCUGUUUGGCCGUGGGGAUGGGCACCUUGGUCGGCACCGCGUACGCACCGCUGAUCGAGAUGAGGAACUGGGGCGCGAAAUAGCUGCUGCUGGUCUGUGUGGGGUCUGUGGGGUCGGUGGGCGGCUUGAGUCGGCCGUCGACAAAUGCGCCAAAUCGGUGUGUGUCGUUGUGGUUGAUGAGGAAGAGCAGACCACUCGCAUCGCCCACCUUGUCCAGCAGCGUGCCGAAGUCACCACCAUCACGACUAGACCUGACAGACAGCCGGGAGCCGCUCCCGUUCAACAUUUAGGGUUUAGAACAUUCGUGAGUGCCCAGCCCACUUGAAGAGCAGCGAUGGUCUGCAUGUGGGCCUGUCCAUUAGGUCGAGGACGGCCACCCACUCCUCUGGCGACGUAAUGACCCACUCUUGGCCGGAAGGUAGGUCCAGGAUUGGCGAGUAAGUGAGACCAUACAUCGCCAAAUCUUCCCGAAACAGCUCACGCUCGCUCUCGUCCAUCAGCGGGGGCCGGAUGAGCUGUCCCUUUAGCAUGGCGAUGCGACGAGCGAACUCGACUGUGUUGACGAAGUGCUUGGUGGGGGUCUGACGCACACGGCGAUCGCCCCAGCAGGGCAGAGUACUGCACAACCAUACAUAGACACCCCAGAGCACCCAACGUGACCUGCUGUGCUGCCCCGUCUGCCCUUUGUGUGUCCACCCACUUUGAGAAUCGCGUGAGCAGGGGAUGGUCAGCUCCCAGUCGCAGCAGCGUGCGCCUCUGGAUGACGACCUGCCGGCCGAGGACGUUCAGGCUCAGCACCGCCAGGUCGUCUCCGGUGUCGUCUUGGCCCUUCAUGAAGGGCUCCAUGGCCGAGAGGAAUCGGACCACCUCCUCCCUGCGCCGCGUGAGCCUCUUCAUGACCUUUUCCAGGUCGCUCAGCGACGUCUGGAUGACGUUCCCCAGGGCCUUCUCGUCACAUGCGGCAUCAACCGCCCGGGCCAUGGCGGCACCGCGGCUGCUGUGUGUCGGAGGUGCGAAGGAUGGCAGCUCGCGCAUGAAGAGGGAGUGGUACUCGCUGUAAGCCGGGUCGGCCGCCUUGGAGGGCGGCAGGUCGACGGUGUUGGUGCGGCCGGUCUCGUAGAGUGUCAGCUCGUCCAGCAAAGCCUCAAAGUAUGCCGGUGAGGUCUCCAGAUAGACAUGGCCGUCGGCAUCUCGCGGGAGGCCGUCAGCGAAGAGCAUCAGCAGGACAGAGAUGUACCGACGCUUCAUGCAGGGGAGAAGCAGCGCACGGCGGGAAACGGGAAACACCACGCCACCUGAUCGUCCGACACACACACGACGGACCAACACAGACAGUCAGAUGACCGGCAUGCCCGGUGUCCUUUCCUUCCCUGCUCACCUGCAUUGACGAGCAUCUCGCCAGUGGUCUCGGCGGGGUGCGACACGCCGCCUCGCGAAGCAACGAGCCGCGAGAUCUCAUCCGUCAGCACCCUUUUGGCCCUCGUGAGCUGCUCGAUUGACGCAUCGAAGUCGCCAUCGAUGGUGUCGCAUCCGCCAAUCAACUCGAGCAUCACGACGCUCACAGGCAUGAGUCAAUGGCUGAGUGAACGAAAGAUCUUGAUCUGCCUCCUCUGCUGCCCCGGGUGUG